CAUCCGCGUUUCCAGCUCUCGGCUGCGGAGCCGCCCGGGGAGCGCGGGGGUGGCCGGGCCGGAGCCGGCUCUUUCCCUCUCGCCUAACCCUGGCUGGUGCCUGAGAGCCGCCGCCAUUUCUUUUUGAGUGCACGACCUGUCCCCCCCGAAGGAGACAAGCCACACACUGCCCUUCGGAGCAAAGAUGAAGGAGACCGAGAAGAAAGGGAGGCUGACCCGCGUGCUUGCCCUGACAACACUGAUCGCUGCCUUUGGGUCGUCCUUCCAGUAUGGGUACAAUGUGUCCUCCAUCAACUCCCCUUCUGAGAUCAUGAAGGAGUUUUAUAACGAAACCUUCUACGAUAGAACCAGUGACUACCUGAGUGAAUUUUCCUUGACUUUGCUGUGGUCUGUGUCUGUGUCCAUGUUUCCCUUCGGAGGCCUUGUGGGAUCCUUCUUGGUGGGCCCCAUGGUGAAUAAUCUUGGCAGGAAAGGGACCUUGCUGUUGAACAACAUCUUUUCCAUUGUCUCCUCCAUCCUGAUGGGAUGCAGUGAAACCGCCAAGUCGUUCGAGAUGAUAAUUGUGGCCAGGUUUUUGGUGGGAAUAUGUGCAGGUUUGUCUUCCAAUGUUGCCCCCAUGUACUUAGGGGAGCUGGCCCCCAAGAACCUGAGGGGGGCCCUCGGGGUGGUACCCCAGUUCUUCAUUACCAUUGGCAUCCUGGUGGCCCAGGUCUUUGGUCUUCGGACGCUCCUCGCACACGAAACUGGCUGGCCCAUCCUCCUGGGGCUGACUGGGGUGCCGGCGGGGGUCCAGCUCCUUCUGCUGCCCUUCUCCCCUGAGAGCCCCAGGUACCUGCUGAUUCAGAAGAAAGAUGAAAAAGCUGCCAGGAAAGCUCUGAGGGAGCUGCGAGGCUGGGAUGACGUGGAGGAUGAGAUUCAGGAGAUUCGGGAGGAGGAUGAGGCCGAGAAGGCCGCGGGCUUCAUCUCCGUACUGAAGCUGUUCCAGACCCGGUCCCUGCGCUGGCAGGUCGUGUCCAUCAUCGUCCUCAUGGCCGGCCAGCAGCUGUCGGGCGUGAACGCGAUCUUCUACUACACAGACCAGGUCUUCAGGAGCGCAGGGGUGGAAACCGACCACAUCCAGUACGUGACGGUCAGCACGGGGACGGUCAAUAUGCUGAUCACCAUCUGCGCCGUGUUCGUGGUGGAGUACUUGGGGCGGAGGUUUCUGCUCCUUCUGGGCUUCUUCAUCUGCUUCGCCGCCUGCUGUGUGCUGACCGUGGCCCUGGCCCUGCAGGACACAGUAUCCUGGAUGCCUUACCUCAGCAUUGCCUGCGUCUUCUCCUACGUCGUGGGACAUGCCCUUGGCCCUAGUCCCAUCCCAGCACUGCUCACCAUGGAGAUCUUCCUGCAGUCCUCUCGGGCGUCCGCCUACGUGGUAGGGGGCAGUGUGCACUGGCUGUCCAACUUCAUCGUGGGCUUGGUCUUCCCAUUCAUUCAAGAGGCCCUCAAAUCCUACAGCUUCAUCAUCUUUGCUGUGGUUUGCCUCCUCACCACCAUCUACACCUUCUUCAUCAUCCCUGAGACCAAAGGCAAGACAUUCAUGGAGAUCAAUCAGAUCUUCACCAAGAGGAAUAAGGUGCCAGACAUGUACCCAGACAAGGAGGAGCUGAAUGAACUUCCACCUGCUACUUUGGAACAGAACUAGUGAGGGGAUGCUGGGUAAGCCGGACUGUGUGGAGCCUCCCACCUGGCUGUUUUCUAACAGAUGUCUGUGACUCUCCAGAAAUAAGACAGGGCCAGCAUGGAUCAUGGGACCAACCCGGUCUGUGGGAUGGGCUCUGUGUCCCAUAGAGCCAGGCUGCCUGCCUCUCCUGACUGACCUGCUACCCCCCCAGCACCACAGCUCCCCUCUGUGGGGAGCCACAUGACUCCUGGUCUAGAACAAAAUUGUUACUGAGGUGGUAAGAUGGAAGGAAUCAAAUUUGACCAGAAAAACAAGCUCUUCUCCAAUCCCUGGGUCUUCUGGAGCUACAGGCACUUGUUCAGAGCAGGAUUCAUCCUCCUGGUGGACCCUCCUCCAGAAAUACCCAUUUGGGAGAGGGCAGUGCCACAGCAAUGAAGGUAGAAAACUGGGGAACAGGCUCCUGCGGGGACUCUAGCUGAGCUGGAGAUCACUAAUCCUAAAUUAUAUUGUUAAAGAACAGUGGAACUGCUUCUCUAUACCCAAUAAAACAAA